AUGGCGAAGACGCGCAAGGCGAACGGCGAGGCGAGCGCGGCGCCGGCGGCGCCCGCGGCAGGUGGUGCGUACAGCGGCUCAUCAUUCAACGUCAAGACGUUCAACGCGAUUUCACCGGUGGGUUUGAACAAGUUCCCGAAAGGGAAGUACGCGGUGAGUGGAGACGAUAAGGAGCUGCCGGGAGACCCGAUGGCGAUGAUGCUGCGGUCGCACAAACUGCAAGUGAGUGAGGUACCGUCGACGGUGCGAGGCAUCGUGCGCUGCGGCGCCGGUACGAAUAACAUUCCGGUGAAGGAGAUGAGCGAGCUUGGUAUUCCGGUAUUUAACACCCCGGGUGCGAACGCGAACGCGGUGAAGGAGCUCGUGGUGUGCUCUUUGCUCCUGGCGAGCCGUGGGAUCAUCGAGGGUAACAAGCACGUGAACGAUGUCAUCAACGUUGAAGAAAACGGCGACUACGCCAAGAUUAGCGUGCGCAUCGAAAAGGACAAGGCUAUGUUCGGUGGUACUGAAAUCGAGGGCAAGACGCUCGGCGUCAUCGGUUUAGGCGCUAUCGGUUCUCGUGUCGUAAACGCCGCGCUUGGGCUCGGCAUGAACGUCAUCGGUUAUGAUCCGGUGCUUUCUCUCGAAGCCGCGUGGCGUCUUCCGGGGGACAAGAUGUCCCGAGCGGACGACUUGGAUGAACUCUUCGCUUUGGCGGAUUACAUCACCAUCCACGUCCCGUACAUCAAGGGUGUCACCCACCACUUGAUCGACGCCAAGUCUUUGGCGAAGUGCAAGCCGGGCGUGAACUUGCUCAACUUUGCUCGCGGUGAAAUCAUUGAUGGUUCCGCUGUGCGUGCGGGCUACGACGCGGGCAAGCUCACGGGCAAGUACGUGUCUGAUUUCUCGGAUCCGGAUUUGAUGGGUCACCCGAGGCACAUCGUGCUUCCGCACUUGGGCGCGUCGACAGAGGAGGCGGAAGAAAACUCCGCCGCCAUGGCGGCUGAUACGAUGAUGGAUUUCCUUGAAACCGGUACGAUCCGCAACUCGGUGAACUUCCCCACCACCAUUUUACCGCCUCACAAGAACUCCUCCGGUGCCCGUCUCUGCAUCGUCAAUAAGAACGAAUCCGGCGCCCUCGGUGAGAUCACCACCUUCCUCGGCACGCAAAACUGCAACAUUCUUCAACAGAUCAACACCUCUCGCGACAGCGUUGCGUACACGGUGAUCGAUUUGGAAACCUGCCCCGAAGAUCCGGGUGCUUUGCAAGACUCCCUCGCCGCGGCGUGCCCGAUGGUGAUCUCUUCUCGCUUCAUCGGCUCCGUCUUCAACGACGAGCUCGGUCAACCGGGGACGUACUUUUGGGUUCGCGAAAACGGCAACUAA